AUGAAAAAGAAAAAGUUACCACAAAUUCGUGAUCUAAACAAUCGAAAUUUUUGCGCCAUCUCCUUCAAGUUGUUUCUUAGCCUCUUCUGCUUCAUCUCUCGAUAUUCCUUCCUUGAAUUUCUUCGGAAGUCCUUCAAUAAGCUCUUUGGCCUCCUUAAGCGCCAGACUCGUCAAAGCUCUAACGGCAUUAAUCAUCGCAAUCCUCGUGUUACUAGGAACCUCAUCAAUCACAACAUCGAACUCUGUCUUCUCCUCCACGUAAAAGCUCCGUCUUCCCCUUGGCGACGGCGGCAACGGGGCGGAGAAAUGUCGAUCGGUGGGAGAGUUUGGGGGUUCGGAGGGGGAAUUCUAGGGUUUGUUUGGGGGAAAAGACUGCGGGAGAUGCAGCUUGAGUGGUGGCGGCGUAAAGAUAAGGGAGAGGCGAGUAUGCUUCAUUGA